UCCAAGAGACAACAGCGAUGGAGCCGAACAUGGCCCCGCGGCGGCUGUGGCACGUGGUGCGCGCCGUGCUGUUCAUGCUCCGCAAGGGCAUGUCUAAGCGGCGGAAGCUGUCCAUGGAUCUCCAGCUCAUCCUCCAACGCAGCAAGAUCGCCGGCAAGGCCCUCGGGAAGCUAAUCACCGCCCACGGCCACCACGACGACCAGCCCGCCUCCCAGAAGGCGCCACCACGACGACCAGACCCUUCGCUCGCCAUCUACAACCCGCACGGCGCCGGCCGCGAGGUGGAGUUCAGCUGCAGUAACACCCCCUCCUACCCGCCCAUCCAACUCAUCCCCACCAAGCGCGGGCGCCGCCGCAACAACCGCCGUACCCACCGCGGCGCCAACGGCGCCGAGCCCGGGUGGUACAACUACGACGCGGCUGACAUUGCCAAGGUCUUCGAGGUCCUCAACGACGAGCAGCUUCUGAACGAAGUCGUCGGCGACGGCGCCGGUGCGGCCGCGCUCGCCGUGUUGGCGACGCCUUCCCCUGCGCUGUGGGCGAGCUUCGGCCGCAGCCCGGCGCCGGUGAAGCAGCUUCGUAUCACCGACUCGCCGUUCCCGCUGAGGGAUGACGCGGCGGAUCAGGAAGACGGUCUCGUGGACCAGGAGGCGGACGAGUUCAUCAAGAAGUUCUACGACCAGCUGCGCAAGCAGCAGAGCCUCGCCGUCGCCACGCCAGAGUACGGGUAUGCGCGUCCAGCGACCGGCGUCGCGUACUAGCUAGCUAGGACCUAGCUACAUGCCGAUCGGAGUGUCCAUAGGUGUUAGCUACUCCCCGCAUAUGUAUUAAUGUUUGGCACCAUUUUUUUCCAAGUGUGAAAUGUGUGCGUGCUCCAGUACAUAUAUGUACGUAGAGAGCUACUAUCAUGGUCUAAUAAUUUUUCUAGCAUGGAGUUGUGAGAUUUUCCA